UUCAUCAUCUCUUUCCUUAUAAGCCAUGUACUGGAAGGCUCAUGUCAGUUCCAAGUAAAAGAACACAUAAACAAUCUUGUUCCUUCUUUUUUUCUACAAACAGGACUUGCUGUGUCUAAGCCACACCUGGUGACACUUUUGGAGCAAAGACAAGAAUCUUCAGAUGUGAAGAAACAAGCAGCAGCCAACGUGGAGCCAGGAACAACAUUCAAUGACUAUAAUGUUUACAGCAAGGGUAUUGACUGCAACUCAUUAAGUAUUCAACGCCAAAGAACUCAUACAAGGGAAAAACCGUACCAGUGUAAAGAAUGUGGUAAGGGCCUUAGUUCUCAUAAAACACUUUCCAUACACCAGAGACUUCAUACUGGAGAAAAAUCCUACACAUGUAAGGAAUGUCAUAAGACCUUCAAUACUCACUCAUCACUUUUUAUACACCAGAAAAAUCAUACUGAUGAAAAAACACAUAAGUGUGAAGAAUGUGGCAAAUUGUUUUACUAUCCUUCACUGCUGAAGCAACAUCAAAGAAUUCAUUCUGGAGAGAAACCCUACAAGUGUGAAGAAUGUGGCAAAGCUUUUUAUGAACCUAAAUUGCUGAAUCAACAUCAAAGAAUUCAUUCUGGAGAGAAACCCUAUAAGUGUGAAGAAUGUGGCAAAGCUUUUUAUGUACCUAAAUUCCUGAAUCAACAUCAAAGAAUUCAUUCUGGAGAGAAACCCUAUAAGUGUGAAGAAUGUGGCAAAGCUUUUUGUUAUCCUUCAUUCCUGAAGCAUCAUCAAAACAUUCAUUCUGGAAAGAAACCCUACAAGUGUGAAGAAUGUGGCAAAUCCUUUUACACUCCUUCACUGCUGAAGCAUCAUCAAAAAAUUCACUCUGGAGAGAAACCAUGCAAGUGUGAAGAGUGUGGCAGUUUUUUUUCUUCAUUUUCCUACCUUAGACAACAUCAAACAGUUCACUCCAAAGACAAUCCCUACAAGUGUGAGGAGUGUGGCAAAAGGUUUUCCCAUUCUGCAAUCCUUCAGAAACAUAGUAAAAUUCAUGGAGAGAGACGAUACAAGUGUGAAGAAUGUCACAAAACCUUUGUUUAUCACUCAGAUCUUAAGAGACACAAGGUAGUUCAUACUAGACAGAAACUCUACAAGUGUGAAGAGUGUGGCAAAUGUUUUUCCGCUGGUUCAUGCCUUAAGCGACAUCAAAUAAUUCACUGUGAAGACAACCCUUACAAGUGUGAAGAGUGUGGCAAAUGUUUUUACUCCAAUUUAUCCCUUAGAGGACAUCAAAUAAUCCAUUCUGAAGACAAUCCUUAUACCUGUGCACAUUGUGGCAAACGAUAUUCCUCUUCUAGGGAUCUUCAGGAACAUCAAACACUUCAUACUGGAGAGAAAUUGAACAAGUGUGAAGAAUGUGGUAAAGCCUUUCAUUUUCACUCAUCUCUUAGGAGACACAAGGCAAUUCAUGUUGCAGAGAAACCCUACAAGUGUGAAGAAUGUCACAAAGCCUUUCCUUAUCUCUCAUCCCUUAGGAGACACAAGAGAGUUCAUAGUGAAAAGAAAUCCUACAAGUGUGAAGAAUGUCACAAAGCCUUUCAUUAUAUCUCAUCCCUUAGUAAACACAAGACAGUUCAUACUGGAGAGAAACCCUACAAGUGUGACAAAUGUCAGAAAGCCUUUCUUUAUCCUUUAUCCCUUAGGAAACACAAGACAGUUCAUACUGGAGAGAGUCCCUAAAACUGUGAGGAGUGUGACAGAUGGUUCUCUUCACCUUCAUCCCUUCGACAACAUACAAAAGAAAAGGAAGUUCAUUCUGAAGACAAUCCCUAAAAUUGUGGGGAAUGUGACAAAAACUUUGUUAAUCUUUAUGUCCUUACUCAAUACAUGGUAUAGUUCAUAGGGGACAGAAAUCCUACAAAUGUCUUAAAAUGUUUAUUUUUUUCUAUCCUUAAAAUGCAUCACAUGAUUCAUUCUGACUACAAACUCCAUGAGUGUGUGAAGUGUGGUAAAAUGAUUGCUAACAAUUCAGGUCUAACCCACCUCUAAUGAACUCUAGUAGAGAAUAAUAGGCUAAUUAUUUUGGAUUUUAAAGAGGAACCUCUAACUUCCAAUAGCAAAAUGCUAAGUAUGUCAUCAGAGAACAGUAGAGACUUCUCUUUGCUGUAACAUCCAACAGUUUGUUGAAGCUGUGCUGUGGGAUGAUCUGUAUGGCAAAUUGCUCUGAUUGGUCAAUAAAUAAAACACUGAUUGGCCAGUGGCCA